GGGGCCUAAAGGGAGCGGCCCCCUCUCUGCAAAGGAUCGCGCUUGGGAAGGAUCGGGGCCACAUGCUUACACCUUCCUCUUCGCACCUUGGAACCGCAGGUCCUUCCCUACAGGAAUCUCGAGGUCUCCGUAGCCUCCUUGUACCUCCCAAAUUCUUGCUUUUCGCUGGGCUCCCUCAUCUCCGCAUGCCGGGGCAGAGGGAGCGCGCUCUCCAUAAACCCAACAUCUCGCAGCCCCGGCCAGAGCGCACAAGCGCAGCAGCUUCGGGGCGCGCCUUCCGCGAGGGCCCCCUUGCCCGAUGCCCGGGCCUGGAGACCUGAGCCUCGUUGCCAGGCCCCCCCCUUGCCAGGAUCUUUGUCCCUUCUCCCGCUCCCGGGGCAGCGUACGGCGUGGCCUUCCCCAAGGUCCCUUGGUACUGUGCGCAGCCGGGUGCCUUCCGGCGAAGGCUCCCCCUUUCCUCCCCAGCCCCUCGCCCGCCCUGCGCUGCCACCCCUUACCGUCUCCAUGCCCCCCUGCACGGCUCGCAGCACGCGAGGGGUUAAGCCCGGCAGACAAUGCACCACCGCCAGGCCCAGCUCCGCCUCCUCCUGCCCGCCUGGCCCUCCCGCUUGGCUCCGCUCCCCCCUUCCCUUCUCCGGCGCACCAGGAGCACUAGCAGCCAGUAGAGACCGGAGAUCUCGCGUGUGCCGCCUUCCGACCUCCCCCCACAUCUCCCCCCAGGCAGGGACGAGAGCUGAUGGGGGGGGCGUUUGUCAGGGCUGGAAUCACAUUCGCCGCCCCAAACCCCAUGGCAAAAGCCGAAGGGCUCCGUGGAUGAGUCGUGGCGCGCCUUGUAGUAAAAUGACCUUGGGUAAUUCAUUUCUUCACCCACGCGUUGUCAGCCAGCCAGCCUGGCUGGAUCAGAUUAUGUCUGUAGGGCAGAAAUACUGUUUCAUUAGUCCCACGAGAAUAGAGGACAACGGGGGGAAACCAACUUGGCAUUCCCCAGUGGAGAAAGUGUUAGAAAAAUAAAUUGCCCCGAAGACACUGUGUAUUAGGAAAGGAGUGGCAAUUGCUUAAUAGGCGCCACCCCGAAUAUGCUUUCGUAUGCUUUCAGUGACAGCAAGGACAUAGUGCCCACAAAGGAUGUGAAGUCAAGGCGAAAUUGUCUUUGAACACGUGCAGAGGCCCUAAGCAAUCUUUUAAAAAUUUAAUUCCGGAAUUUACUUCCACACGGUGUUCUGGAGGGCAUUAGCUUAGGUGGUUUACACGCACUCAGAAGUCUCACGGUCCGCUUUACCUAUCUAAUAUUGGAUGUCAAAUAUCAGAUACCAUCAGAUGUCGCUGAAAGUCAAUGUUAGGAUGUAGGAAAAAAUAGUAACAUAUCUGGCACGAAAUUUAGAAGGAGAGGAUUUUGAGGUGGAUUUGUGCGGCCAUUUCUCCCCAGCUCUGGUGACAUUUAACAUGAAACAAGGCAGUGUUUGUUAGCAUGUUGCACACCUCAUAGGGCAAAAAUGGAAAAGUACAUCAGGCCAUUGGUCCAUCUCGCUCAAUACUGUCUACACGGAUUGCGGGAGCUCUCCAGGGUUUCAGGCAGGGGCCUCUCCCAGCAGUACCUGAGAUGCCAGGACUUGAACCUGGUACCACCCGCCUUGGUAAAUAAGACUCCCCACUUCCUUCUCAGCUGGAAUUCUGGCUUCCCUCCCUAACCCCUUCCGAGAAUCCAGUUGCAGAUUUUGUCUCCUGAUGGGGCUCCAUUUAACAGGCGUAGGGAUAUGGCUUUUCUCCGGCCUAGAGAGACAGCGAUGCGGCAGCAGUGCAGGGCUGGCUCCCACUCCGCAGAGGGAGCAGGAGGUGCGCCGGAGGCAACGAAGAGGGCUUUUCGCAUUGUGACCAGCAUCGCUCGGGACCUUUCAGUCCACAUUCUGACACUGUUACCCCGCUGAUGCCCCGCCCGAAGCAAAAGGUUGGCGACCCCCUCCUCGCUCCCCCCGCCCCUUCCUGAUUGGAAACCAGGCUGUCCUUUUGUCCAGGGAGGAAAGGGUUACACAGGCGGGGCGCGCGGCGCAGGGAAGCUUCCGGUCCCCGCCAGAGCUUCCGGGAGAGCAAAGGGAGCAGCAGCAGCAGCAGCAACAACAUUUGGGUGAGAAGCUGGGGGGCUGCAAAUGAAAGAGGGGAAUAGGAGGGGGGAUUCCGUGGCCGAGCAUCGAUUGUUUGCAGGCAGUUGCAUCAUUUGCAGCGGCUGCCUUGGUAAAAGCGCUGCAUGUGUCGCACCGACCCCCAAAUUCAGCAUAAGUUGCAAGCAUAAAUUGCUUUAGGCUUGCAUCUGGCUGGCCGCUGUGAGAGCAGGGAUGGUAGGCGACUAAGUUUUGCUCAGGAGUAGGCCUGUUGAAAUGAACGGGCCCUAGCUUCGUCAUGCCCAUUACUUUCACUGGGUCUGCCUUGAGUAAAACUUAGACGACAGAUCCACACCAUACGUUUAAAGCAUGCGGCAUCUCAAAAAAACAAACCCGGGAGUUGUAGUUUUACCCUUGCAAAGCUGCAGUUCCCAGCACCCUUAACUCCGGGGAUUCUUAGGGGUGGGAGCCAUGAGCUGUAAACGUGUGUUGCAUGUGCUUUACAUGUAUGAUGUGUGUAUAGGACGAAUACCUUCCAUGAUGCUAGAGUAGAUGGGCCAUUUGCCUGAUCUGUCGUGAUCCUACUGCCAGUACAUUUCACUGAGUCACCCUGAGUUCUUGUUGUUUUUACCACCCUUCAUCUGAGGAUCACAGGGCAGUAUGGUCUAAUAUGGAACAGGGAUGUGGGAAAACACAUAUCCACACUAUAUAUCAGGAUUGGGAAACGUGUGGCUCUCCAGAUAUUGCACUCCAGAUAUUGCUAUACAUAAUUUUAUAAACUGCUAUCAAAGCUUUCUAAAUUCUUUGGCUACGGCUUCCUCAUUCCAUUUCCUUUCCAGAGAGGAGCUUUGCUAAGUACUCCUAGUUUUAUGGAGGUUGUGUUUAAUAUUUUCUGUUACUCCAGUUUACCCCACUGCUACAGAACUGCCUGCCCUUUGUUUGAUGCUUUUAAUAUCUAAAAUAAGAAACCGGGCAGGAAGUCAUGCCUUUUAAAAUCCCAUAAUAUUUUACCGCUACUGGAGGGAAAUGGUAGCAAAUGGGAUGGAAAUGUCAGAAUGGGAAACUCGUGCAAUUUCCUUGUAGGAGAUUCUUUGAACAGAUGCUGCUAAGAACCCACAGUGAGCCUUCAGCAUCAUGUGCAGGUGAAGAUCCAGUUAGAGAGAAAAAAAGAUCCUAUGUACUUUUGAGCAUAAUUUCAGGCACCCCUGAAGGUACAAAAACAUUCUAGUGCCUGGAUUUAGGGAUAGCAGUACACCCAAGGAGUAUACUGUUCAUCUGAAUGUGUAUCUGAGCCUUUUUAGCAUUAUGAAAGAUGGUUAUUCACUCCAAUCCUGGGAAUAAUAUUGAGCUGGAAAUGUUUGUAUGAUUUUUGUGUGUGUUUGUGUGUGUUAAUAUUGGAAUUGCCUCCCGAAUCUUUUCUCCUCCCCAGCUUCUCUCUGCUCAAGCGAGCCCCCUUCCAUCCUGCCCUCCCCCCUUGCCAUGAAGAAAACCCUACGCAAAAACCAAGGCGAGCGUUACCGCCUGAAAUUCCGGCGCCUGCGCCGUGCGGCCAAAGUGUUGGUUUACGAGAACGCAGCUCUGUGCGACGAGAUUGCCAGGCUCGAGGCGAAAUACCUGCGUGUCCGGGAAGAGCGCCGGUUCCUGCUCGCUCGCCUGUUGCAAGCUCAAGCCCUGGCGGAAGACGAGCCUCCUCUGCCGGCCGUCGCUUCCGCUUCGCAGCCCUCGCCGGAUGAGCCGGCUGGCCGCAAACCCCGCCGAGAACGCAAAGGCAAAGAGAACGGCCGGGCCUCCAAGCGCAGGGCGGCCCCCGAUCUCAGCGUCCGCCGGCUGGUUCCGCCGCUUCCCUUGGAUCCUUCCGGGCGGCCGGUUUUACCCAUUGCGUUGGGCCCACUGACCGUCUACAGCUUGGGGGAAAUUGUUCCCGACCGGCCAGGCUUCCACACGGAGACGGCCAUCUAUCCCGUCGGUUACUGCAGCACCAGGAUCUUCGCCAGCACCCGCAGACCAGUCCACCGCUGCCUCUACACCUGCCAGAUCAAGGACGGCGGUGGCGGGCCACACUUUGAGAUUGCCCCUGAGGAUGAGCCGGGCUGCGUGGUCGCUGGCUCCACUCCCGACGCCUGCCACGCUCAGCUUCUUGAGGCUGUGGGAGCAGUGCAGCUUGAGCCGGCAGGGGCUGAGUUCUUUGGCCUCUCCCACCCAGCCAUUCAGCACCUCAUCCAGAGCUGCCCAGGAGCUCGCAAGUGCACCGGGUACCGCUGGCUGCGCUUUGAGGUGUGUCGCCAAGCGGAUGGCCCCCCUCCUGAGGGGUUGCCCUCAGGAAACCCCGGGACUGACUACGAGGCCUUCCAAAGCCAAGGCCUGGCUGGGCCUGUGGGCCUGGACUUCCCCACCGCCACCCCUUCCCCACCGAGCGGCAACGGAUAUGCAGAACUUUUUCUGCCCUGCGCUCCCUCAGGAGGCUCCCCCAUCCCCCAAAGCCCAGAGAGUGACACUGACUGAAUUGGGCCGGAGGCCACAGGCCAGAGCCGUCCAUUAUUCCACCUGAAUUUUCUAGUAGCUGCAACUGCGCAGAUGUCAUAAAUUGCUAGUUCUAUACAAGCUGGUGCUGUCUCUUUUAUUCUUCAUGCGCAUCAGUUUGCAUGGAGACACCCUAACAGGGGUAGCCAAUGUGGUGCCCUGCAGAUGAGGUUGGACUACAUUGGCCUGAGUUAGUGUGGCCAAUGAUCAGGCAUGAUGGGAAUUGCAGUCUUAACAGCACCUGGAGGGCACUGUGUUGGCUAUUUCUCCCCUGGAGUAGCCAUGUAUUUACAUUCACACACACUAUUGAAAUAAGUACUUCAAAUGAUUGCUUGUCAAUUUUCUUCUUUUGGUGUUUCUACUUUAAUGAAAAUCACUGUCUCUAAUGGUUGGGGGUUUCCUUGGGUCGAGCUGGAGCAGAAUUAGGCCAAUAUUGGCAGAAUCAUGUGGGCAUGCUUAACUCUCUACAAAGAGACAUCUGCAUAGGAGGAGGAGCUGAUGGCGACUGAACAAAGCAUUGUGACAGGUUCUUCUACUUUCUUGGGCCUGUAUGAUAAGAGGCUUGUGUACAGGACUCAUCAGUGAAAUCUGUUAGUAAUAAAGCUUUUGAAAUUUUGCCCCUGCCUGCAGGAAUCUUUGAGAUCAGGUAUGUAAGAACACAGUUCCAUUAAAGGAUUCUCUCUUGUGGACUUCUUGGCCUCCACAAUCUCCCAGUUUUGGUCAGAUUUUGGUAAUAGUUGGGAGGGCUGGCUCUUUUCAGGGUAGGAAGCAGUGGGUUUUGUUUUAAU